AUGCUGGAGGGACCUCGAGAAGUGUUAUGGGUGGUGAAGAUUGUCAUUUCAACGGAGGCGAAGUAUGUCCCGGGGGAAAACAUGCUAGAUUCUUGCCCGCUGCAGGAGGUGUGGGCGCUCGCAGGGGGACGCGCCCACCUCCCAUGCAACAUCACAGCGCCCACGCAAGAUACGCCCAUUUUGGUGCUCUUCUAUAACGGGGUCACGGGUACUCCUGUUUAUAGCAUUGACGCCAGAACGGUCCCUCUAACCCGCUCGGUCCACUGGUCAGCCUUAGGUAGCCGCGCGCACUUCGAUGCCACUUCUUCGCCUCAAGGUCUAGUGGUGGACGAGCUCAGUUUAGCCGACCAAGGGCUAUACAGGUGCCGCGUGGACUUCAAAGCUUCACCCACUCGAAACCUGCGCGUUACUCUGACAGUUGUAGUUCCCCCCAAGAGAGUUAGCAUAAGAGACGAGACGCAGCGAGAAGUUAGCGGUGUUAUAGGGCCAUAUGAGGUGAACAAGUCACUGGUCCUAACUUGUCACGUGGAAGGCGGGUCCCCGAAGCCCCGUGUGACCUGGUGGGACGAGGGAACCCUGCUGGACAAUGUGGCAGAGUCAGGGAUGGCAGGGGAGGCAGAGAGAACGCAGGGGUCAGGGCUUACCACCACCACCACGAUCAUCACCAACACUCUGUCACUGCCAAGCCUUUCUAGACAGCAUCUGUAUCGCGUUCUAACCUGUCAAGCUGCCAACUCAAACCUCACACUCCCUGUUGCCGCCACUGUCACCCUGGACCUGAAGUUUCCCCCGCUGGAGGUCAAAAUACUAGGCGGACGCGGGGCUCUGAGUGCAGGUAACCGGUACUCGUUAGUGUGUGAAACAGGUGGGUCACGGCCCCCCGCCACACUUACCUGGUGGCUGGACGGGGCCCUUGUCACGGAUACUAAAGACCAGGUUCUACAAGAGGGAAAUGUGAGCAGGUCCACAGUUCACUUAGCGCCACAUAGAGGGCAGCACGGCGCCACUCUUACUUGCAGGGCAGAAAAUUCACUCAUAGAUGGCGCUGUGCUUGAAGACGCCACCAAACUCAACGUGCAUUUCUCUCCCAAGCUGACUCUACGCCCGGGACACAAUCUGAACAUGGGAGACAUCAAGGAAGGGGAAGAUGUGUACUUUGAAUGCAAUAUUGAGGCCAACCCACCUGUCUUCAAAGUCACCUGGUAUUUAAAUGGUAUGGAGCUGUCACACAACAUAAGCGCGGGAGUCAUUCAGAGCAACCGGUCCCUCGUGCUACAGAAGGUCGGGCGCGCGUCUUCUGGCCUCUACACGUGCAAGGCUAUCAAUCUCCACGGGACUGGAAGCUCCAACGCUGUUCAACUUAGCGUGAAAUACGCUCCGAUUUGCGCAGGAGAUCAGAAAAAAGUGUAUGGCGGAGGGCGAUUUCAUACACUCAACAUUACCUGCCGCGUUGAGUCCCACCCAGAGGCGACAAGCUUCAGAUGGGCCUUCAACAGCUCCACCGAGAUUUCCCCCGUUGGCGGCUCCUCUGUGUCGCGAGGUGGACGUGGGAGGAGCAUAGCAGCCUACACGCCCUUAACCCACCACGAUUUUGGUUCCCUCCUAUGCUGGGGCAGAAAUGAGGUGGAUGAACAAGAGGACCCCUGUGUGUUCCAUGUGGUUCCUGCUGGUGUCCCAGAAUCGGUCCAGAACUGCAGCGCUUGGCAGAACCACACAAACACCUCAAAUGAACCAGUAGUUAUAGUUUCCUGUAGUCCUGGCUGGGGUGGGGGGCUAGACCAGACGUUUUCCCUGGAAGUAAGGGCUGGAAAGGGUGACACAGCGCCCCUAGCAGCCCUGAGGGAGCAAAGGGCGCCUCAGUUCACAGUCACGGGCUUGAAAACUGGCGAGGUGUAUGAGUUUCACAUUUUAGCUUCGAAUAUUCAAGGGAAUUCGACUCCAGUGUUGCUUGAUUUCGCUACCCCAGUGGAUGUUGCGGAAAAACGGAUGAGUCUUGAAGGUGUGGGCGGUGUGGGGGUCAUGGGCGUGGAGGACAGCUACCCACACGCCCACGCUAAGCUGGUAGUCUUCUCUCCCCUCGUGGGCGCAGCUGUGGGCCUUCUAGCGGCUAUUCUACUCUGCUCUCUAAUGGCGAUUUUAGUUGUCAAGUCACGCACGGCCCACAGUCACGCCCACGGUCACGCCCACACACACAAGACGCUGUACGACCCGCCCACGCCAGAUGAGGAGAUGAUAGAUGACACCCAUGACCCCAAGCCGCCCAUGACUCACGCCCAUGCACUCCCACAAGUUCCCGAUGUCACCAGAGUACGCCCAGAGGUGCCAGGUGCUGAGAGACAGGUAACAACGGAACCUCAUUACCUGUCAAACAACAACAACAACAACAACAACAACAACAACAACAACAACCACUGCCCGAGUAUAUACAUCAGCAGGCCAGGGACUUUGCUCGCCACAACCGUAACAGACGGAGAGAGGCAAAUGCUGUUACAACCCCACGGAGGACCUACUGGGGAUGCGCCACAACCCCCACCAACCCACCAGAACCCCUACACAGUCCCCCAGAACCCACUAAGCCAGCAGAACCACCCCAGCUUGCCCAGAACCUUUCAGAACACACCCAAACAAAACCACUUCUCAAAUUUCUCGUUAGAUAGAAACAUAGGCCGACCAGAUUUAUGUCCUAGAAACGUGUAUUCCUAUCAAGAGGCCUACAGUACCCAGGAUUUUCAGUAUCAAUGCCCCAGUACCCCUCUCCUCCCCCCUCAGCCCCUCCACCCCCUCCCAAAUGCUCAAAAUUGUGGAAAUAGGUUAAGUUUUGCCUAUCCUGUGUCCAGUUUUCAAUCCACCUCUUAUUCUCCUUCUUCUUCUUCUUCUUCUUCUUGUUCUCACCAGUGUCAAAGUCUUCCUCUUCCUCUUCCUCUUCAUCUCUCACAGCAUUCUUCUCCUCCUCCUCCUCCUCCUCCUUCUCCUCCUCCUCCUCCUCCUCCUCUUCCUGCCCCCAGUCACAACUAUGAACCCUCAACACAUGAAAGUUCUGUUUAAUGGU